AUGCCACCCGCGAAGGACCGCCCCGUGGGCCUUCUGCUCGACAUUUCCCGCGACGAUAACGACAUUCACGCCGACCUCAAACUGCUCCAGGACAAAUGCGACGCCUUCCGCACUGCGCGUGACGAACCGGUGGUCACUGCGCAGAUUGAUGCUGCCAAUUGUGUAAAGAGUGCGCCCGAAGAGAUCAUGUCUCUGCCAAUAACCACCAAGGCCGUCGAUGAUAUGACCGCAUAUGCCCUGCUUACCUCGCGCGCGCGCACUAAUUGCAAGGUGAGCGCGACCGACUUCGAAAGCAAUGGCAUGCUGCGCGGGAAGCGCCCACCACGCGGUAAAGGCGUCGCCAUUGAGGCCUUUGGCAUCCGUUGGAUUCCGGAGAUGUGUGGUCGCACGCUCCUGACCGGUACCAACCUCGCGAAGUUCCCGUAUCUCACACGCACCGAGCGUCCGAAAGGUUCCCCUCCUGUGAUCUCCAUUGGCAAAGUGACUAUCCCGCAGGGAUGGGUCGAAGGAACUGACUAUCAUGUUGUUGCGAAACCGAACAUAGUCAACGAGCUCCCGUGUCCUCCUGCGAUCAACGACCACAAGCGUGGCCUUUAUCUCAAGGCUAUGCAGGCAUCCAAGAUCAUUAUACAUAUGGACUUGGACCUAGACCACAAGGUGAUCGUUCCUUCGCUUACUGGUGAGCACGCCAUCAUGAAGUUCCAGGACGUGCCCGGAUUCCGGAAGCAUUGCGCCAAUCCUGCUACGGGCGGCCCUAACAUGGAGAUCGAAGAUGAGAGCCUGCGCCCGGAGAACGCAUUGCUGCAUCCCUGGCGCCCGCACGACCCGAUGGCACCCCGAGUUGCGAAGGAGAAGCCGAAGACCAAGGAGAAGCCGAAGGACGCGCAGCCUAACACCCCGCUCACUCCCCAAGAGCAGCGCACCGACAAGACCACCCGCGAGCACAAGCGCCAGCGCCUCGACACGGAUUCCAAGGAGUCAAUCUACGACGUCGUCGCCGAGAAGAUGGGCACAAAGCGUGCGCUUCCCUGCGCAGUGUGGUCGCCGGAUCCAAUGAUGGCUGCGCUGUUUCGUGAGCUCACAUCAUCCACUACGGGCACUCUCGCGGGCAAGCUAGACAAGGUCUCCCAAUGUGCAGGUGAAAUUAACGCCUACUGUAAGGCACGCAACCUUACCCAGGAGGAAGCCUUUGGCUUAUGCACUACCGACAAGGACUUCAACAAGCUCGCGCUCAAUUUCGUGAACGCCUCGAACGACUGCCAAGCUGCAAUCGACCAACGCGCGCGCAAGAAUUGGCGCGGCGCUGCCUUGGCUAACUACGUGCUCGCCAAUCUCCAGUACUCCACUAUUGCGUUGAGAACAGAGAUUCGUUCUCCCGCGAUUGCCGACAUAGAAGCCUUUCUCACGCGCAGUGACAGAAACUUCGCGAUCCCAUUGAAGAAAGACAAGGCUGCGAGCAAGGACGGCGAGAAUGACGACAUCGAUGAUGCGAAGGAGGACAGCCCCGAGCCGCCGGAGUUUCGCUGA